UGCCGGCGCCAUGGCGGAGCUGACGGCCCUGGAGAGCCUCAUCGAGAUGGGCUUCCCCCGGGCGCGCGCGGAGAAGGCGCUCGCACUCACCGGCCACCAGGGCAUCGAGGCCGCCAUGGACUGGCUGAUGGAGCACGAAGAUGAUCCUGAUGUGGAUGAACCACUCGUGACCCCCCUUGGACACGUCCUGGGCCGAGAACCCACUUCCUCGGAGCAGAGUGGGCCCGAAGGACCUGGGUCGCCCGCAGGCGAAGGCAAACCGAGUUUGAGUGAAGAGGAAAAGCAAGAGCAGACAAAGAGAAUGUUGGAACUGAUGGCUCAGAAGCAGCGGGAGCGUGAGGAGAGAGAGGAGCGGGAGGCCUUGGAACGGGAAAAGCAGCGUCGGAGACAAGGGCAGGAGCUGUCCGCUGCCCGCCAGCGGCUACAGGAAGAUGAGAUGCGCCGGGCUGCAGAGGAGCGGAAGAGGGAAAAGGCCGAAGAGUUGGCAGCCAGACAAAGAGUCCGAGAAAAGAUUGAGAGAGACAAGGCAGAGAGAGCCAAGAAGUAUGGUGGUGGUGUGGGUUCCUCUCCACCAACAACCGAGCCGGGUCCUGUUCCAUCCUCUCCAAGCCAGGAGCCUCCCACCAAGCGGGAAUAUGACCAGUGUCGCAUACAGGUCCGGCUGCCAGAUGGGACUUCCCUGACUCAGACCUUCCGGGCUCGGGAACAGCUGGCGGCUGUGCGGCUCUAUGUGGAGCUACACCGCGGGGAGGAGCCUGGGGGUGGCCAGGACCCUGUGCAGCUGCUCAGUGGCUUUCCCCGGCGGGCCUUCUCUGAGGCCGACAUGGAGCGGCCCCUGCAGGAGCUGGGACUUGUGCCUUCUGCUGUCCUCAUUGUGGCCAAGAAAUGUCCCAGCUGAGAGAAGCCUUUAUCCCACCAUCCCUCCCUGACCUCUUCAUCUUUGAUAAAGCACUGAUGUCUUCCUAAUAAAGAGACUCUCUGAGUUCUGUA